CUCAAAAAUCAGUUGUUAGUGAAAUAAUGAGUAUUUAUAAGCAUGUGUUCGACGAUUUGGCGGACAAACGAACAGAUAAACUUCCGUUCAUGCAGAAUCCGAUAUGGUUGGUUGCAGCUGUGCUGAUUUACUUCGGACUAAUCUAUCUUUGGAUUCCAAGAUUUAUGAAAUACCGAAAACCGUACGAGUUGCGUUACAUAAUGAUCGGUUAUAAUGCCUUCCAAGUGAUUGCUUGUACUUUGUUGGUGAGACACUUUUUCAAGCACGGUUGGAGCUUCACCUAUCUUUACACCUGCGUACCCGGAGAUUAUUCUAACAAUCCUUCGGCUGUUGGAUUCAUGUAUGGAGCCUAUUUCAAUUUCCUACUCAAAGGAAUCGAACUGCUCGAUACGGUGCUGUUUGGACUGAGAAAGAAGCAGAGUCAGAUCAGUUUUCUGCAUGUGUAUCAUCACUCGUGCACCCUGAUUUGUGCGUGGAUUUUCACAAAAUAUUUUGGAGGCUCAAUGAUGACAUAUACCAUUAUUGUUAAUUCAAUAGUGCACAUUUUUAUGUAUUCGUACUACCUUUUGGCAAUUUUCGCUCAACAACUUCCAUUUAAACUAACAGCGGUCAAGAAAUUCAUCACAGUGAUUCAGAUUGCUCAACUUAUAAGCAUUCUGGUCAACGUAGGAUUUGCAAUGCGAAAAAAUUGCCCGAUUCCCUCGGCUAUGGUUUUUAUCUACCUUCCAUUCAUGGUGGUACUUUUGUCGUUGUUUUUCAACUUCUAUUUCACCACCUAUCGGAGACCCAAACGGGAGCUUGCCAGUGACAGCAGUGCGACAGGAAACCAAACCAUCGACACCAGGAAAGAUCAAUGA